CUUCCCUCUCCCCACCCCCAAACCUCUCACCCGCGGCAGUCCGGUGCAAGGCCCCCUCCGGAAGGUGAGGGGAAUGGAUUGGACUCCGGUGGGUGAAGCGGGUGUCUAGAAGUGGUGCUAAUGGGAAGAGAUUUCUGGUUUCAAAAGAGGAUGCUCUGCCACAAAGAGCGGCUCGCGCGCUGGCCUGGGCUCUAGCGGAGGAGAGAUCCCGGGAGAACUCCGGAGCUCGCGGGGAGCGCUCCUCGGAAGACCCGGGUCAACAUGCCUGUUCGCAGGGGGCAUGUGGCACCACAGAACACAUUUUUGGGGACCAUCAUACGGAAAUUUGAAGGGCAAAAUAAAAAAUUUAUCAUUGCAAAUGCCAGAGUGCAGAAUUGUGCCAUCAUCUACUGCAAUGAUGGGUUCUGUGAGAUGACUGGUUUCUCCAGGCCAGAUGUCAUGCAGAAGCCAUGCACCUGCGACUUCCUCCAUGGGCCGGAGACCAAGAGGCAUGAUAUUGCCCAAAUUGCACAGGCAUUGUUGGGGUCAGAGGAGAGGAAAGUGGAGGUCACCUACUAUCACAAAAAUGGGUCCACUUUCAUUUGUAACACUCACGUAAUUCCAGUGAAAAACCAAGAGGGUGUCGCUAUGAUGUUCAUCAUUAACUUUGAAUAUGUGACAGAUGAGGAAAAUGCUGCCUCCCCAGAGAGGGUAAACCCUAUAUUACCAGUCAAAACUGUAAACCGGAAACUUUUUGGGUUCAAGUUCCCUGCCCUGAGAGUUCUCACUUACAGAAAGCAAUCCUUACCACAAGAAGAUCCUGAUGUGGUAGUGAUUGACUCAUCUAAACACAGUGAUGAUUCAGUAGCCAUGAAGCACUUUAAGUCUCCUACAAAAGAAAGCUGCAGCCCCUCUGAAGCAGAUGAUACAAAAGCUUUGAUACAGCCCAGCAAAUGCUCUCCCUUGGUGAAUAUAUCUGGACCUCUUGACCAUUCCUCUCCCAAAAGGCAAUGGGACAGACUCUACCCUGACAUGCUGCAGUCAAGUUCCCAACUGACCCACUCCAGAUCAAGAGAAAGCCUCUGUAGCAUACGGAGGGCAUCUUCAGUACAUGACAUAGAAGGAUUCAGUGUCCACCCCAAGAACAUAUUUAGAGACCGACAUGCCAGUGAAGACAAUGGUCGCAAUGUCAAAGUUUCACGUUCCUGGAUGGCAGGGGGGCCUUUUAAUCAUAUCAAGUCAAGCCUCCUGGGAUCCACGUCGGAUUCAAACCUCAACAAAUACAGCACCAUUAACAAGAUUCCACAGCUCACUCUGAAUUUUUCAGAUGUCAAAACUGAAAAAAAGAAUACAUCCCCUCCUUCUUCAGAUAAAACUAUUAUUGCACCCAAGGUUAAAGAUCGAACACACAAUGUGACAGAGAAAGUUACCCAGGUCCUUUCUUUGGGAGCAGAUGUCCUACCAGAAUAUAAACUGCAGACACCACGAAUCAACAAGUUUACAAUAUUGCACUACAGCCCUUUCAAGGCAGUCUGGGAUUGGCUUAUUCUGCUGUUGGUCAUAUACACUGCUAUAUUCACCCCCUACUCGGCAGCCUUCCUACUCAAUGACAGAGAAGAACAGAAAAGGCGAGAAUGUGGUUAUUCUUGUAGCCCUCUGAAUGUGGUAGACUUGAUUGUGGAUAUUAUGUUUAUCAUAGAUAUUCUAAUAAACUUCAGAACUACUUAUGUAAAUCAGAAUGAAGAAGUGGUAAGUGAUCCCGCCAAAAUAGCAAUACACUACUUCAAAGGCUGGUUCCUGAUUGACAUGGUUGCAGCAAUUCCUUUUGACUUGCUGAUUUUUGGAUCAGGUUCUGAUGAGACAACCACAUUAAUUGGUCUUUUGAAGACUGCUCGGCUCCUUCGUCUUGUGAGAGUAGCCAGGAAACUGGAUCGAUAUUCAGAAUAUGGCGCUGCUGUUCUAAUGCUCUUAAUGUGCAUAUUUGCCCUGAUUGCUCACUGGCUGGCUUGCAUUUGGUAUGCAAUUGGGAAUGUAGAAAGGCCAUAUCUGACUGACAAAAUUGGAUGGUUGGAUUCCUUAGGACAACAAAUUGGGAAACGUUACAAUGACAGUGACUCAAGUUCUGGACCAUCCAUUAAAGACAAAUACGUCACAGCACUUUAUUUUACCUUCAGCAGUUUAACCAGUGUAGGAUUUGGAAAUGUGUCUCCUAACACCAAUUCGGAGAAAAUCUUUUCAAUUUGUGUCAUGUUGAUUGGCUCACUAAUGUAUGCAAGCAUUUUUGGGAAUGUUUCUGCAAUUAUCCAAAGACUGUACUCGGGAACUGCCAGGUACCACAUGCAGAUGCUACGAGUAAAAGAGUUCAUUCGUUUUCACCAAAUCCCCAACCCUCUGAGGCAACGGCUUGAAGAGUAUUUCCAGCAUGCAUGGACUUACACCAAUGGCAUUGACAUGAACAUGGUCCUAAAGGGUUUCCCAGAAUGCUUACAAGCUGACAUUUGUCUACAUCUGAACCAGACUUUGCUACAAAACUGCAAAGCCUUUCGGGGGGCAAGCAAAGGUUGCCUUAGAGCUUUGGCAAUGAAGUUCAAGACCACUCAUGCACCUCCUGGAGACACCCUGGUUCACUGUGGGGAUGUCCUCACUGCACUGUAUUUCUUAUCCAGAGGCUCCAUUGAAAUCCUUAAAGAUGACAUUGUGGUAGCUAUUCUGGGAAAAAAUGAUAUAUUUGGAGAAAUGGUUCAUCUUUAUGCCAAACCUGGCAAGUCUAAUGCAGAUGUAAGAGCUCUCACAUACUGUGACUUGCAUAAGAUUCAGCGGGAAGACUUGCUAGAGGUUUUGGACAUGUAUCCUGAGUUUUCUGAUCACUUUCUAACAAACCUAGAGUUGACGUUCAACCUCAGGCAUGAAAGUGCAAAGGCUGAUCUCUUACUACGAUCACAAUCCAUGAAUGAUUCUGAAGGAGAAAAUUGUAAACUUCGAAGGAGGAAAUUGUCCUUUGAAAGUGAAGGAGAGAAAGAUUUUGGCAAAGAAAGCAGCACAAAUGAUCCUGAAGACUCUGCAGAUACCAUAAGACAUUAUCAGAGUUCCAAAAAACACUUUGAAGAGAAAAAAAGUAGAUCAUCAUCUUUCAUCUCCUCCAUUGAUGAUGAACACAAGCCGCUCUUCUCAGGAAUAGUAGAUUCUACUCCAAGAACAGGGAAAGCAGCUGGGCUCCAUUUCAAAGAAGCAAUGCCCACCUCAGGAAGAAUUCAUGUCAAUAAGAAAAGCCACUCUUGCAAAGAUAUCACUGACACACAAAGCUGGGAAAGAGACAAUGCCAGGGCUCAGCCUGAAGAGUGUAGUCCCUCAGCACUUCAGCGAGCUGCCUGGGGGAUCUCAGAAACUGAAAGUGACCUCACCUAUGGAGAAGUAGAGCAAAGAUUAGAUUUGCUUCAAGAGCAACUUAACAGACUUGAAUCCCAAAUGACUGCUGAUAUGCAGACCAUCUUACAGCUGCUGCAGAAACAAACUACUGUGGUCCCCCCAGCCUACAGUAUGGUAACUGCAGGAACAGAGUAUCAGAGACCCAUCCUCCGCAUGAUGAGAACCAGCCAUCCCAUAGCAUCCAUUAAGACUGACAGAAGUUUCAGCCCUUCCUCACAAUGUCCUGAAUUUCUAGACCUUGAAAAAUCCAAACUUAAAUCCAAAGAAUCCCUCUCAAGUGGGGUGCAUCUGAACACAGCUUCAGAAGACAACUUGACUUCACUUUUAAAACAAGACAGUGAUGUCUCUUUAGAGCUUCACCUACGACAAAGAAAAACUUACCUUCACCCAAUAAGGCAUCCUUCUUUGCCAGAUUCUUCCUUAAGCACUGUAGGAAUCUUGGGUCUUCAUAGGCAUGUUUCUGAUCCUGGUCUUCCAGGGAAAUAAUCAUUUUGUAUUAUUUACUCCACAUACAAUGUAAGUGCUUUUAAUGGCUGUUUUCCUUUUUGUAUUUAAAUCCUCUCUACUUGACUCAGGGGCUCACAAGGUACCAUUAUAUGCAAAAGUACUGUAUAUUUUCCUAAAUUGAAGCUUAUAAGGUAAAAUUGAGCAGUUAAGAUGUAAAUAUACCUAAGAACUUUUGGUUCCAAUUGUUAAAACUGCCAGCAUCGCAAGGCACCUUAUUUUUUAUUUUUAUUUUCAAAAUCAUCUGCAUGUUAGGAAACUCCAAUUUCUCUUGCAUGGAGACUCCUAUUUACUGCUUUUACUAAACCAGUACUUUGUCAUGAAAAUGCCUUCCAAGCAAAUAAGAAACCAAGGGAUAAAACUGUUCUUGGAUGCAACUCAGAUGAUCCUCAACUUACGGAAAUUCAAGGGGAUAAAGGGGACUUAGUCAUUUUUGAGAAAUGAUGUCCUUCUGUAUUGAGAUGUUUAUAGUUGCUUACAUUCAUUUCCCCAUACUGAAAAAGAAAAUGCAAAUUUUGAGAGUUGUAGCCUCAGACAGCAAGCAAGGUAGAUCAUAUUAGAGGGGAGAAAAUAUAAUUUUUUCUCAAUUCUUAACAAGUUUUUAGCAAGACAUACUUCUGUAACAAAAGGCAGAAUAUUUUAACAAGAGAAACAUAAGAAUAUUUAUUACUGAAAGCAGUUCAGAAGUAACUCAAGGCAGUGGCUUAAUGUCCUAACUUAUAUAAGAUCUUCAGCAAAGAAAAUACAUUUUAGAGAAGUAACAGGACAAAAAGAAAGCAGUCCCAGGUUUCCAAAGGCGGGAAAACCGUGGGAAGGAGUAAAGUCUGCUCCCAGAUUUCUUUGGAGCUGCAAUUUCUGAGCUGAUAAGCAAUCUGCUGUAAUGGAGAAUUUACAUCCUUUCUUUGGGCAGGACGGUGGGAGGAAAAUAGAAAGACCUUUUGUUUUUAUGAACUGUGUCCUGAUUUUAGGCAAACAGAUUGAAAAGGCAGAAAUCUCUCCUGCAUUUUUAUUGUCUUCAGCAACAAUCUCAUAUUUUACAGAGAAGUAUUUUCAUUUCUUUCAACAUUGAAUACAAACCAACAUUAAUGAGAAAAGGUCUUUCUAUUUAAAAUUCUGUCACUAAUUGCAUUCACAAAACAUCUAAAAUAGUUUACACUCACACAUUUCCUUGAAGGCUAAAAUACAAGUUUCUUGAACUUUUCCUUUUAUGGGGAGAGGAUCUUCUUUAAGAACUGCUGAAGUGUGACUGAUACAAACUGAUAAUCACAGCUUUUUUCCCAAUUCAUAUUGUAGGGCAAUCCUAAAUUUGAUCAAAAUGGUAGAUCCACAUAAUUUUCUUUACCAAGAAAGCUGGAAGAAUUUUUUCAAAGAACAUGCAAUUUCAUGUGCAUGGCCUAUCUUUCAAAAAGUCUAUGUUGUUUUCUAGCUGUCCAAUUCCAGAUGUCUAGGGAAAAAAUGCACACAUCAAUGGUUAAACUUAAAUUUUCUGUGGCUGUUCAAACACUUUGCUAAUUUAAGAUGAAGAACAAAUACAUUCGGUAUAGAUUGGGCUUAAUUAGUAUAUAUUGACUCCAGAGUACUGGAACAUUCAGUAGGAUAUAUUUUAAUAGCUUCAAUUGUUAGGUUGAGGGGUCAUAUAGUUCUCAUAAUACCAGAAUACAGAAAAUAAAUACAAAGACAAGUUCAAGUUAAGAGAUUUUAUUUUUAAUUUAAUUAUAAUUUUAAAGUAUUAUGGAAUAAUCCAUUAUAGCCUUUUCUUCUGAACUAAGAUUUUGAAAUUUCUUAUCACUUCACUAAGUUUUACAUUCAUAUAAAUAUUUAAAGACAUGUUCUAUCUGCACAUUUUUAAAUGGGUUAAUUUCUAUCCCUUCAGGAUAAAAAACAGAAUCUAUUGAUUUGUCUUCACCUUUGACACUAAUCUAUUGGUCAGUUUCAAAUGCAAGUGAUUUAUAUAAAUUUCCAAAAAUGAUUACACUGUAUAUAAUGUGACUUAAGUGACCUUAAAUUGCUCCCUGUAUAUUUUCAAAUGGCCACAUAAAUUGAGAAUCUAUGUGGAAGGAAAUCCAUAGAUAGGCAUUAGCAUGUUCUCAUCUCUGCUUAAUAAAAAAAGGUCGUAAGUGAUCAAAUAUAUAUAUAUAUAUAUAUAUA